UAUGGAUUAAGCUAGCUAGUACCGCCGCUUGUAAAGUAGCUUGCUUAGCUUCUUCCUUCUCUGACAGUACUUCACAAUGAUAAAUGAAGCCUUCAGAAUCAUCUUACUUGCAGUCCCUUCUCUAGUUACAUAUUUUAUUUUGGGAGAUUACGAUACCAGAUAUUCAUUUAGUGAAUCCUGCGGACAAGUGUUCAACGUCCCCACAAAUGCAUAUCCACGAAUGCAUAUUAUGAUGACCGCAAUUGCAGCGAUCCAAGUUACGGACUAGUCUGCGAGAAUAACCGAAGUGUGUUGUAUGUAAACUAUGGGAGGCAUUUAGUAGAGGCCAUUUAUGCCACUAACUCCACCACUACUCUCCAAUCCGUCACCGCUGGACUUGACAUCAACAAUUGCCCAGCGAUCUCUCGUCAUUCCCUCACAUACAAUAACUUCAACCAAGCUUUCACAGCCAAAGAGACAGAACUCGACUCCAAGAAUAACAACUUCACUUAUCAUGUGGGAGGAUUAGUGUUUGUCAGCUGCCAAAAUCCAUUCUCUCCUGAUCUCUAUCCGGAUAUAGUGGCGCUUUGUAUUAACGAAGCGCCCGAAACGCUUCAUCCUUUUGUGCUGAAGCGGUAUUCCCCAAUGAUGUCUGAUGUGCCAGAGUCAUGCAGAAUAGAUUUGAUAGUGAAGGUGGUGCCAUGGGGACCAAUGACGUGUAAUGAGAGUUGUUCGUAUCCGCAAGUUCAGAGGCAGGAGGUAAAUGGGAUUGAGGUCAGAUGGCGCCCAAAUCGUUGUGGAGUGUGGGACGGAGGGCGGCAACCUAGCUGUUCGUUUGAAAACGCCACUAAUAUGGUCCUUUGUUCUCAGGAUGCGGCAGUUUCUCUUUCGGACUCUAUUUCCGCCCUCCUCUUUCUUAGCGUGACAGCUACAGUAACUCUCUGGUCUGCAGCUAAAUUUGUACUGGGUGGCCCUUGUGCUUUAAUAUUCUUGAUUAUCCGAUGGAGAAGAAGGCAUCAAUCUUAUUAUGACAAUGUUGAGGACUUCCUCCGAAAUAACAGUAACCUGAUGCCCAUCAAGUACUCUUACUCAGAGAUCAAGAAAAUGACCAAUGGCUUCAAACACAAGUUGGGUGAAGGAGGCUAUGGUUAUGUGUAUAAAGGUAAGCUUCGAAGCAAUCGCGAUGUAGCCGUCAAGUUACUGACAAAGUCCAAAGCCAAUAAUGCACAAGAUUUCAUAAGCGAAGUUGCCACUAUUGGCAGGAUUCAUCAUGUCAAUGUGGUGCAGCUGAUUGGAUUCUGCACUGAAAGAAAUAAGCGAGCUCUUGUUUAUGAAUUUAUGCCUAAUGGAUCACUUGACAAGUACAUAUUCUUGGAGAGACAAAGCAACACGCCCAUCAAUUACGAGAAAAUAUUUAACAUUUCUCUUGGGAUUGCUCGAAGAAUUGAGUAUUUACAUCAAGGAUGUGAUAUGCAAAUUCUACACUUUGAUAUCAAACCUCACAAUAUUCUUCUUGAUGAAAAUUUUAAUCCAAAGAUUUCAGACUUUGGAUUGGCUAAGUUGUACCCAUUAGAUCAUAGUAUCGUGUCUCUGACAAAUGCAAGAGGAACAUUUGGAUACAUGGCUCCUAAAUUCUUGUACAAGAACAUUGGAAGAAUAUCACAUAAAGCUGAUGUUUAUAGUUUUGGGAUGCUACUAAUGGAAAUGGCUGGCAGAAGGAAGAACUCGAAUGUCAUUGAGCAUUCCUGGCAGACCUAUUUUGCUAAAUGGGUUUAUGAUCAAUUUGAGGAAUCAAUAGAGGGGAGCAAUAUCUCAGACGAGGAAAGAGGAAUUGCAAAGAAGAUGAUUAUAAUAGCUUCACAUUGCAUACAGAUGUAUCCUAAUGAUCGACCCUCCAUGAAGAAUGUGUUAGAGAUGCUUGAAGGAGAAAUGGAGCUUCAAGAGGCUCUUCCUCCCUAA